AUGGGUAAAAAGCGGAAAAGACCCAUCAAGGACGGUCCCACGUCGUCUCACAUCGGUGUCACUACAUCUCCCCGUUUCAGAACACCCGCCCCAAUUUCCCUGGGAACAAAAACAAGCCAUCCCGUUAUCUCCCUGUACUACCGAAAUGUUGUACCCUUGCGGGAGUACCUGCUCCAGCAACUUCCCGUGACUUCCAAGUCACGUCGGCGCCGCAUCCUGACAGUGGACUCGCGGGAAGACAAUGCGCAAUCUCAAACAUUGGCGGAGCUGCUAGACUCCACCCUGGUGGGUGUGCUGAAGGAAACUUCUCCGAUCCUUAAUUCGGAGCGACAAAAAGAAUACUCGUCUUUUAAUGAGUCUCAAUCGCGAUCGGUUCUCGCCAGCACCGAUACGGGACCGACUUGUCCGCAAUCUGAGGUGGUUGAUUUUGUGAUUUGGAAACUUUUUAAUCAAAACAAUGGCUCCUACCAAAAGCAUCAGCAUUUGUUGAUGUAUGGCUUCCAACGCCAGUCCAUGGGGCGGAAUGCUCGAGCUACUAGUAUUCCAGGAAUUGCGUCUCAAUUUCCGAAUCAGAAUGUCCAGGUACUCACACAGGGUGCAUGGACAGAGAUACUCGGCUUGCUUGGUAGCAAUGGAGAGGAUAUUAUGAUGCAGCUCCUUUUCGAUUGUGGAAUUUUUGCCGCUAUCGACGCUCGAAAGGGCAUCUACUACCAACUCAGCGGAUUACCGCUCUCAGGUCUCGAGCCUUUGAACGAUCCCUCCUUGGGGGUUAAUGGGCUUUCUGCCACAGCACAAGACCCAGUGCCUCCCACUGGUCAGAGACAUUCCAGAGAGAAAGCGGAACGCAGGCAAAAUUCCGAUCAGACAAUCCAAAGACCAAACGACAUUGUGUUUCUACGGCGGCAUAUUCUCUAUGGACGUGUCGAGUCCAAAAAGAAAGUAUCCUCUGGACUAGGAAAGACGCAUGUUCUUAGCCGUUUUUCAUCGCUUGAUUCGAUCGCACAAACAGUCCAUGUGAUGAAGUACAUCUUUCCCCGUCAAUUUGGUUUGCUGAAUGUGUUUAUGUUGGGCCCAGAUGCACAUAAGAACAUGGAUGUCUCCAAAUGUUUCAUGUUUCGUGAGAGUGAGAUAUCUCGUUUGGAAGAAGAGAAACGAGCACGGCGACCCCGGCUCGAAAAUGAAUUCGCAGACGCAGAUCGCGGCGGCGCGAGGGGUACCCAGGUACCUAAAAGGCUCCGCGGAAUCACCAUAGAGCUUGUCCGAAAACUCCGGAAGCGCAACGCACAAUGCUCCUACGGAGAGUUGCUGCGAUACUAUUGUCCAACCGAACAAACCGGACCCAGGAGACUUGGCGCAUUUGCAUCUACAUCCACACCUGAUGUCCCAAAAAACCAUCCUUUCUCCUCUCUCCAGUCAAACUUAGUAACACAGGUGCGAACAGAUCACCCGUCAAGCAACAAGUCGACGCUGCCUUCGAGUGAUGUCUCAGGAUUAGAGGCCCGCGUAGCUGUCGACGUGUCUGGGAUCAAUGCAAUUAAACCGCUGGUUCGAAACCCUCAAGUGAGUCUAACCGAUUAUGCGACUCCGGCGUCCUCUGUCUCAGCAUUUUGUCGAGCGGUAAUCCAGAAACUGAUCCCUCGGCAAUUUUGGGGGAUUGGUCCGGAUGGUAUCUUGAACCUCAGGCUUGUUCUCAGGCAUGUUGACCAGUUUAUCAAAUUGCGCCGGUUCGAAAGUCUAAGUCUGCAUGAAGUAUGCAAAGGUGUCAAGAUAACAAGCAUUCCUUGGCUGGAGCCACCCCAGGUCCAGACUACUUCAUCUGAGACAAGAUCGAAGAUCGCUCUGUCUGACUUGCACAAACGCACUGAAAUAUUCCAUGAAUUUAUGUUUUGGAUUUUCGAUUCCAUCCUUAUUCCCCUCAUUCGUUCGCACUUCUAUGUCACCGAGUCACAAACGCACCGAAAUCGCCUUUUCUAUUUCCGUCAUGAUCUGUGGCAGCAAUUGACCCAGCAACCGUUCGGUGACUUGAAGGCAACCAUGUUUGAGGAGCUGGAGCCAGCUCAGGCCGAACGUGUGCUGGCACGACGCUCCCUUGGUUUCGGUGCUCUCCGUUUGCUUCCCAAAUCUACAGGCCUUCGGCCCAUCUUGAAUCUUCGCAAACGGGCGUUGAAGAAAUCAUGGAAAAACCGGGGCAUGUACCUUGGCCCCAGCAUCAAUUCGAGUAUUACACCCAUCUUUAGCAUGUUGACGUACGAGCGCCAGAAAGCUCCUGCCAAAUUGGGCUCUUCGAUGCUCUCCGUCGGAGACAUGCACCGCCGCUUGAAGGCGUACAGAGCACAGCUGUCUAAAUGGCUGCCCUCGGGUCCUAAGCGUUGGCGAUCCAAGCUCCCACCAAUGUACUUUGUCAAGCUUGACAUCAAAGCUUGUUUUGAUACCAUUCCUCAGAAAAGGUUGCUUGAUCUUAUCGAAGAGCUGGUCUCCGAAGAGAGCUACCGCAUCUCAAAGUACAUUGAAUUCCAACCGCCCGCUCCCAUUGCGCAGCAAGGGAAGCCCGCCCAAAGAUAUAGGAGCCGCGCUGCGUCUGCCAUGAGACCGCAGAACCUACCCGAUUUCGUCAAUAGCGGAGGCGCAGCGCCCAAGGUCAACACUGUUUUUGUUGACAAUCAAGCUCCACAAGAACGCGAUGUUGAUAGUCUUCUAGAACUCCUCGAUGAACAUGUCCGGAACAACCUCGUGAAGAUAGGCAAGAAAUAUUUCCGCCAACGCAACGGCAUCCCUCAAGGGUCCGUGCUAUCCAGUAUCCUUUGCAAUUUCUUCUAUGCCGAGCUAGAGCGAAAGGUACUGGGUUUUAUCAAACCCGAGGAUUCUCUACUCCUGCGACUCGUGGACGACUUCCUUUUGGUAACACCAGAUGUAGCCGUGGCAACGCGAUUCCUGGAAGUAAUGAUCCGAGGCCAACCAUUGUAUGGCGUGCAGAUCAAUCCAGCGAAAAGCAUGACCAAUUUCAGCGCAGCUAUUGAUGGUAUUUUGCUCCCCAGGCUAGAAGGGAGCCCAUUAUUCCCGUAUUGCGGUAGUCUCAUCGACACACACACGUUGGAAUUCCACCGUGAUCGAGACCGCAUCCUGGAGGGUGGCGAGUCAGCUGCUGCUACUCUCUCCAGCACCUUGACCGUGGAGGCCACCCGCCUUCCGGGCCGCACAUUUUACCGUAAAGUGCUUUCCUCAUUCCGUUUGCAGCUACAUCCCAUGUACAUCGAUGACGGACACAAUUCGCGUGCCGUUGUGCUGGGCAACAUCUACUGCAGCUUCAUCACUUCUGCCAUGAAGAUGUACCGCUAUAUGAAGUCGCUUCGGGGCCGUGCGCACCCCGGCCCUGCAAUCAUAAUGCAGACUAUUCGCGAUCUCAUUUUGCAGACGGCUGGAAUGAUCCAGGCCCGGCGUGCUGGUAGUUCGGUGGCUUCGUUCUCAUGUUUUAUCCAGCAGUCUCAUCUGCGGUAUCUGGCUUCUGCAGCGUUUCGAUUUGUUUUGAAGCGCAAACAAACGCGAUAUUCGGUGGUACUGCACUGGUUAGACUCGCUGACAAAAGAUGCUCGACCUGCGUCAGAUUCCGAGGCUUUCAGGAUGACGCAGGUGGUGAAAAAGGGAAACGCGAUGUUUGAGGAAUGGCGAUUCUAG